AGCCUGUGUUAAAACAGUUAAAACCAGAAACAAGGCGAUAGGUAUAGGUUUCGAGUCUACUAAAGAUGAGAUAUUCAAGCGGAGUAGACCCAAGAAUGGCUUCUCUCUCAAGGCGAAAGAAGUGUCGAUGCAUUGAGCACCUGUGUUCUACACAAACGAAAGUACAGCAAGAAAAGAUCAUUAACAUCUCCAAGCUCAAAGACUUUUUACUACAACACAGGAAGGAUUAUGUGAGUGCGGGAAGUCUCAUCUCAUCAGAUCUCACCCGGAUGACAGAUAGUGAACGUGAUCAGAUUGACCAGGAUGCCCAAAUCUUCAUGAGGACAUGCUCAGAGGCCAUCAAACAACUACGCACUGAAGCUGAGAAGCAAGUGAGCUCAGCCCAGACUAAAGAGCACAGGGGCGCAGUCUUGGACCUCAUUGAAAUGUACUUGAAAGGGGUCUGUAAGCUGUACUCGGAGCAAAGGGCCAUCAGAGUCAAGAGGAUGGUGGACAAGAAGAGACUGUCAAGACUGGGAUCUGAUCAGCACAAUCGUGUAGAGAAAAUAGUGGAUGAGGAGCCCAAGGAGGAAAAGAUACUAAAGGAGGAAAGUUCUGACAGGAAUGCAACAGAGGUGUUGGACCAAAGCAUCAACUUGUGGGAGGAAGGAAAAUUGGAGGACGAGCUCUCUCCUGAGGAGAUCCAAAUGUUUGAGCAGGAAAAUCAGAGGAUGAUCAGUGAAAUGAGCAACCUAAUAGAUGAAGUGAGGCAAAUUGAGGGGAAGGUGGUAGAAAUCUCAAGGCUGCAGGAAAUAUUUUCUGAGAAAGUCCUCCAACAAGAGACUGAAAUUGAUAACAUUCAUCAGUUGGUGGUUGGCGCUACAGAGAACGUGAAAGAAGGCAAUGAGGAUAUACGGGAGGCGAUCAAAAACAAUGCUGGCUUCCGUGUAUGGAUUCUCUUCUUCCUGGUGAUGUGCUCUUUCUCACUGCUGUUCCUGGACUGGUAUGACAGCUAACAACCCACGACCAUGGACUGUGGCAUGAUGGCAGGUUGUCCAGCACGAUCACAUGAUGAAGAAGGCAUGACAAUAGACUGUGUUUGUAGAUUUAUCGUGUUGGACUUUAAAGACACCAGACUUAACAGAAUCUUGUGGCUUCUUCACCAUGCUUGUUUUAUCUGGUCAACAUGAUUAAAGGCAGCCCUGUGGAUGGAGCCACCCUUGGAA